UACUUUCAAAAGCAAAAAAAGAAAAAGAAAAAAAGAGAAAAAAAGAAGGAAGUUAAUCAUGGCUGUCAGAUAUUUGUUUCAUGUUUUGGUCCUCGUCUAUGUCUUGGCUACUGUAACUGCUGCACGCCAACUGCCCAUCUCCAGCAAGCCAGGCCGCCUGGAGGAGAAUGGAGGGCUUGCCGAGUGCUGGAAUGCACUAAAUGAGCUGAAAUCAUGCACAGAUGAGAUCAUUCUGUUCUUUGUUAAUGGCCAAACUGACAUCGGCCCUGAAUGUUGUGGUGGCAUCGAGGUUAUCACUCGUAAAUGUUGGCCUACCAUGCUCACUUCCCUUGGUUUCACAUCUGAGGAAGGCAACAUCCUUAGAGGCUACUGUGAUGCAUCUUCUACUCCUGCUGCUGCUGCUCCUCUAGGCGCUUCUUCGCCAGUUAGUUAAAGAAGGUGGCACUCUCAAAGUUCUGAGUUUUUAUUUGUAUUUUGUUUGGUGUUCCGCUACUGUUUGAUAUGUAAUAAAGUUUAAAUGGAAUUAAGCACUUGUCAAUCAUGAAAUCGUUUGGUCUUCCUUAAGCUAGCUAGAAUGCUAGAUUAUCUAGUAAAAAGGAGAAUGAGUAGGGAGUACCUAGGAAGACAUUUAUAAAAUCUACCACUCCACCCUCCUUGACAAUUAUAAUGAUUUUAAUUAUCACUUAAUUUCUUUUCUCUUUUUUACUUAAA